AAUAAAAAAAAAACAGUCGACAGAAAAAAUAAAAAUAAAAACCAUCAAAGUGAAAUACCCAAAUCGAUUUGGGAUUCUAGGGUUCAUGAAGGUGUAAACAGAACCCAGAAUUCAUCACUCUCUGCAAAUUCGAGCCUGUAAAUGGUGUCACUCUCUGCGAACCCAGAACCUAGAACCCAGAAUUCAUCACCCAUAAUUGAUCCUGUUACGUAUGUGGCUGAGUAUUACUACACACAUAAACUGAGGAGCACAUAUUCACAGAAUAUCAAGCCUGUAAAUGGUGAUAAGCUAUGGAAGCGAGUUCAGAAUAAGCCUCCUAUUGGAAUUCCUGAGAUACGAAAGCCAAGAGGAAGACCAAAGAACCGAGACAUGACAAAGGAACCAUUUGAAGAUUUACAGAAUCCGGGAAAAGCCACUCGCCAUGGAAGAAUACCGCAUUGUAGUCGUUGUGGUCAAGCUGGUCACAUCAACAGAGGAUGUAAGAAUGAACCUGUUGUUAAUGAAGGACCAAAGAACAAGCGUGGUAGACCGAGGAAGAAUCCUGCUGAGGAAAGAGUAGAAGGUGUUAAGCAACUAGCAGUGCAAGAGAUUGACGAGCAUUUGGCACAGGUUACCGGUGUCUCAUCCUUACAUGUAGUCAAUUUGGAAAGACGAACGUGUACAUGUCGAUGUUUUGACAUCGAUAAAAUACCGUACGUCCAUGCCGUUGCAGCAGCUGAGGCUAAAAAGGAUUUCCGCAUCAGUCUAGCCCAUCCUUACUAUGGAAUAGUUAUGCCAAGAGAUAUUAGGUUAUCUGUACCUGAAGAUAUAGCUAAAAAUGUCUGUCUGCCACCUUAGGUGCGUCAGCAACCAGGGAGGCCUAAGAAAUCACAAAUGAAAAGUGCUUUAGAGAAAGCUAUGCAGAAGAAACGUCCAAGGAAAGAGCACAUGUGUUCUACAUGUGGCCAAGGAGGCCAUAAUCGUGCUACAUGCCCAUCAUGAACUAUUUUGAUCAAUCGUGUGUAAUUUGUAUGUUUGUUGUUGUUUGAACUCUUUUACUUCAUAAAUCAUCAUAUGAACACAUUAAUAAGAGUGUUUUAAAUUAGUCAUAAAUACCAUACAUAACUAAACGAAA